GGGAGGUAGAGGCACCACACGCGCCUGGGGCGCAGGAUCGCAGCACCGGGCCUCGCGCGCCGCGCCCACCCCAAGCAGCCCCAUGAAGCCGCCAGCCACGCAGGGCAGCCCGGCCGCCGCCGCGGCCGCAGCCCCAGCCUUGGACUCCGCGGCCGCCGCAGACCUGACCGACGCCCUGUGCGAGUUCGACGCGGUGCUUGCCGACUUCGCGUCGCCCUUCCACGAGCGCCACUUCCACUACGAGGAGCACCUGGAGCGCAUGAAGCGGCGCAGCAGCGCCAGCGUCAGCGACAGCAGCGGCUUCAGCGACUCCGAGAGUGCAGAUUCACUUUAUAGGAGCAGUUUCAGCUUCAGUGAUGAAAAACUGAAUUCUCCAACAGAUUCCACUCCAGCUCUACGCUCCCCCAUGACCACUCCUCCUCGAAAGGCCAAAUUAGGAGACACAAAGGAGCUAGAGGACUUUAUUGCUGACCUUGACAGAGCAUUAGCAAGUAUGUAAAACAGGGAGCAACUUCAGAUGUAGCUCCAGAAAGCUCCAAGGGCCUGGCAAAUUCACCUACUAGAAUCUGCUGCCAGAGGAGAUGGAGAGGAGCCUCCCCUGCUUCCAGGCCAUUCUCAGGCUCACCUUGCCACCAAGCCCUUGGGCCUGUCUCUUGGCAACUUAGACAGUGAAACUUUGUUUACCUGAUUGCAGCAUAUUAGAGCAGAUGAUCUAUGCUAAUGUUAUAUUUUUCUCUUAAAAAAUAGCUCUCUUGUAAUUUAAAGUGCUUCUAUGGAAAUAUUUGUAAUUAAUUAUACAUAGUAAUAUGUAUAGUAAUAUGCUGUCCUCAUUAUAAUAUAUUUUUGUAUGCAAAUAAAAUUUGGACUGGUAUCUGCUUUGUAA